GGAGGGUGAGGGUAACGGCAGGUCGAGCGGGGAUGCCCUAUCUUUGCUCUUCGGCGCCUGGUCUCAAAUUCAAGUUUCGUUUUGCCGCGGUUUGUUUCUUUCGUUCCGUUUCUUUUUUAAUUGAAUUGCCGAGCUGAAAUCCCUGAAGAAGGGGAGGAGAUCGAUAGGAAACCAUGGCCACCAGCAGCAAGCCUGCCUUCGACGGCCAAUCGCUUGAAGAGUUCUUCGCAUCCUUCGCCUACAAAGGAGGAGGCGGAGGACAUGACGAUGGUAUCAGGAAGAGGAACAGCAGCGGAGGAGGAGGAGGAGGAGGAGGAGGAGGAAGGGUUGAUAAAAGAGUAGGACAGGGAUGGCGCCUCCUCAGCCCUAACAACAGCAGCAGCAACAACAGCAACAACAACAAUACUCCUCCUCCACCACCACCACUACCAUCAUCGUCGCUCCAGAGCACUACCAAUAGGAAGAAGACCACCAUGACAAGACCGGCGAGCAUCCUCAACGGCCUGUCGCCUGCCGAGUUCAUUGCAUCCUUUGCCUACAAAGGAAGAAGGGUUGAUGAUAGAAUAGGAAAGGGAGAAGACCUCCUUAGCCCCGGCACUCCUCCUCCACCGCCGUCUCUCAGGAAUAGGAAAAGGAAGAUGACAGCCGCCUCCACCACCACCGUCAGACGGGUCACCCGUUUCUUCCCCUGUCCUGCCGAGAGGUUUGUCGUCGUUGAUGUCAAGAAAGAUAUCAAUGGGAAGGCGAAAGCCUCAUCCAGUGGCGCGGCCACCAGGAAGAGGCCAAGGACGACGGGCAACAAAGGCAGGACGGAUGCAAACAGGCAGCCGCAGAAACGCAGCAAGGGGAGGAGAAAGCGGCGCAGCAUCCAGCUAUCUGCCGAGGAGAAGUACUCGGACGCCUACAGGAGAGUCAGUGAUCACGAUAUGUGGGAUGCUCCGCGGUCGUCCCACAACCUCCUGCAAGAAAGACACUGCUUCGAUCCCUGGAGGGUCCUGGUUAUAUGCAUCCUGCUCAAUGUAACAACGGGCGAUCAGGUUCGAAAAGUAUUGCCAGGUUUUUUCCUUCAGUUUCCUGAUGCAAAGUCCGUGAACAAGAAACUGAAGGAGCAGAUGGUGGAUAAGUUGCGGAGCCUGGGCUUGCAGUGGAAGCGUGCUCAGUUGAUCAUUGAUCUUUCUGAACGUUACUUGAAAGGUGACUGGACUCAUGUGACCCCAGCUCCCUGGCAUUGGAAUAUUCAUAGUGGGCUGACAUGUUUUGCUGCUGUCUUGGUCUACUCCACAGGCAAUUUGACUGGGGUUCUUGUAUAUUUGCAGAAACUUCAUCAGGGUGUUUACCGUGCCUAUGAUCCAAUCUUCU